AUGCCAUUGGAAGUUAAAGCGGUACUUGAUCGACAAGUUCCCGCGUAUCUAGCUGGAGAAGUGGUAAAAAUUACGGUAUUUUUGCGAAAUGUGCAUUUAUCUGGCGCAAAGUCGGUGAGCGAAUGUGUGGCUUGGGGAAGCGUUCAGUUAGGAUGCGAAAGAACGGGUGGAGGAAGAAUACGAGAUGAGAAAAGAAGGCCCACCACUUCGAUAGCUAAAUCUAACACCUGUGUAUAUUCUUCCUGCCCAACGAUUUUAUUUUGUGAUAUAAAACUAGCAGCAAAUGAACACAAAACUUUUACUUCACAGAUAGAACUUCCAUUGUAUGGACUUCCGCCCAGCUUUCGAGGAAAUUUGAUUCGGUACUACAAUCGUAUAACGAUCGCCGUUCAACACUUCAAUUCCCCGAUCAAGAUGUUACACAUACCCAUACAUGUCAUUCCAGCAGUUGGAAUCGAGUCAAAGCAGCCAGCAGCUUCAAAUCCUUUUCUGUUUGAAACAACUUCUCGUCCCACAAUGUCGGAGAUUGUUACUGCGACAGUAGACCAAAUAACUGCUCCAAGAAAGGAAUACAUUUAUCAAAUGACAAAUUCUAGUGGAAAAGUUGGAUCAUUAACGCUCUACAAGAAAGCAUACAAGUUAGGGGAGGAUAUCAUUGGGAAAUUAUCAUUCCAAGAUGCCGAAGUUUGUUGUUUUCAAUGGAGUGUACAUCUUGAAACGAUCGAAAAUAUUGAAGAUGACGAGAAAACCGAAACACAAGAUAAGAAGAGUUCAACGGUGUCAUGGGCCAUGCAGCAUAACGUUUCGGCGGAUUUUGUGGAGAAUACUUUUCGCCUACCCAUACCUUUACACGCUCCGCCUACUUUUAACACGAACUCGGUACGGUUGAAAUGGCGUUUACGGUUUGAAUUCGUCACUUGUAAGGAAUUGCAAUCAACACCGUCAAUUAAUGCUGCAGGUUUUCGUGUUUGGAGCGCCCCCGACAAUGUACCAAUCGAAACACUUUCCUGGCAUGUGGACUUGUUUGUGUUGGCAUGCAGUCCAUAUAAUGUGGCUCUGACCGAUAGUAACCUCACCGGAUCAGCGAUACUUGUGAUA